AUGGCGUCCCGAAAGAACAGUUCUUGCUUUAAGUGUGGCAACCUUGGCCAUAUUGCUGAGAACUGCUCUUCUGAACAACGCUUGUGCUAUAACUGCCGCCAGCCGGGUCAUGAAUCGGCUGCUUGUCCUUCUCCACGCACUGUGGCUGCUAAGCAGUGCUAUUCGUGCGGUGGUGUCGGCCACAUCCAAGCUGAUUGUCCUACCUUGCGUAUUCAGCAACAGAGUGGCGGGCAGAAGUGUUAUAAUUGUGGGCGGUUUGGGCAUAUCGCCAAAAUUUGCCCUGUAGGUAAUCCGGUAUUCACGGCUCGCCCUCCACUUCCUGGUCGAGCCCUAAACACUUCCACACUCCCUCUUGUCAGAUGCUAUCGCUGUGGAGGCCCCAACCACGUAGCUCGCGAUUGUCUGGCUCCUCCUGGGGAUGAUACUGCGGUCAAGCCGAAAUCAUUAUCUUGCUACCGUUGCAAGCAGGAGGGUCAUAUUUCGCGCGACUGCCCUGAGAAUGCGGAAUACGUCCACAUGCUUUGCAUUUCGCGUCUCCCUCGCGUGUCGCGUCGUCAUCUAUUUUCACUCCCAAAUUUUCUCCCAAGCGAGUUACAGACGUAUCAAGAGCACAAACGGCUUCCUUACACCCAACAACAACUUUACAAUGUGGUGUCGGACGUCGCGUCCUACCGCCAUUUCAUUCCCUUCUGUUCCUCCUCGCACAUCCUGAGCUCAACCGACCCUACAAAAACGCCGCUACUCCUCGAAGCUGAGUUAACGGUCCAAUUUCUGGCAUUCAAGGAGAGCUAUGUGAGCCAAGUAACUUGUACUCCAUUGGAGUCCGUCGAGGCCGUUGCUUCGUCCUCUACUCCACUUUUCAAGCAACUCAAAACAACCUGGCGCUUCAAACCGGAUGGGCGCGCGACGAUUGUGAGCCUCGAUCUCGCUCUCGAAAAUGAUGGUGAAUGCGUUUGA